UUUUGUGCAUUGUCAAGACAAACCGGAAUACAUCCGUCACAUAUUUUUCUCCACGUAUAGCGGAAGACGGUACACUUCAGACUGCUUUGAUUGAAACAGAGCUUCGAGAGUAAUUUCUAGAAAUGUGUACAAGUAUGCUGCCUUCGGUGGAUACAGUCGCAGCUGCUGAAAGCCACGUCGAGAAUGACCGUCUGGGAGACGAACUCAAAGGAAACAAAAUAAAACUAUCCCUGGCAAAUUGUGGUGUGUGUGGCUCUGAAGUGGCGAAUUAUAGAUGUCCCGGCUGCCUCAAACACUCGUGCAGCUUGCCCUGUGUGAAGAAGCACAAAGAGGAGUCAGGAUGCAGUGGAGUUCGAGAUAAGACUGCCUUUGUGGCCCUGUCCAAGAUGGAUGAGAUGAACCUACUCAGCGACUACAGGUUCCUUGAGGACACGGGGAGGCUGGCAGACAGCGCCAACAGAGAUUCCCUGGUCCGCGGCCCUCCUGUUAACUUUAGAGCUAAGAGACUGACAGCCCAGGCGAGGAGGCUGAACAUCACGUUGAGGUUCCUUCCCAACACAUUCACCAAGAGCAGAGAGAACUCCACCAUCUGUCUCAAGAAGGAGAAUCGUUUCCUAUGGCACCUGCAGCUCCUGUUCCCUCAGAGCAGCUCAGAGUUCACUGAGAGAAGGGUGUCCGAUGACCAAACACUUAAACAGAUCCUCACCCCCUACAUCCACCCUACAGAGUCUGAGCCAGUGAGACGACAAAAGUUGAAGAUGUACGUCCACAGCCCAUUUGAUCACAUCAGGGUCUUCAUGAAGGCUGAGGGCAGGAAGGCCAACUCUGUGAGGUAUCAAGAGCUGGAUGUGGCAAAGACCCUGAAGGAAAACUUGAAGUUCAAACUUGUGAUUGAGUACCCAUCGCUACACAUUGUUCUCAAGGACCACUGCCACGACUACCCACUGAAAGGACCAGUGGAGCCUGUGUUGGCCCAUGGCAGUCCCAUGAUGGAGGGGGCAUGGCGGGGUAACGGUCGGAGAGAGGAGGGGAGGUCAGAGGUCUUACAGCCCCAACUGGGGCCACCCUUCCUGGGAAGCUCUCCUGAGACUGACCCACCCAAGACGAAAAGAGCCAAGAGAGAACCAGAGGAACUUGAGGAUGGGGAGAUUGGAGAUGGUGAUGAUGAUAUUGAAGCUGAUAAGAUGGUAAAAGAGAUUGUUGUUGCCCAUGGUGAUGAUGAUAAUGGGGAUGAUGAGAUGCCAGUUGAUGGUUUCCAUGGUGACUGCCUAGGUGAUGACAACCCAAAUGAUGGUAAUAACCAUGUUGAUACCCAUUCUGGUGGUUGUUGUAUUGGCGAUGCAAUGAUUGCUGCUACUGAAACAGUUGAUGACAAAAUCAGAGGGGACCCAGAGAGAGUAAGGCAAUGAGCCAGAACCUGCAGUCUGUUAAUCUCUUGAGCCAUUUCCCAGUCAAUAAUAAUGAUAAUAUUAAUAUUGAUCAUGGUGCUAAUGGUAAUGACACUGGGUUUGAUGUCAGUAAAAAAUUAUGUUAAAGAUACUAGUGAAAAUACUGAAGAGUUGGAAGCAGAGGGAGAUUGAGUCUUGGCAUGUUUUCUUUAUGUAAUCAGAAGUGAUUCAGUUGGACCUACUUAUAAAAAUGUCCUUGUUGCAUUAUUUACUCUUAUGUAGUGGUUAUUUCAACAGCUAAUUGGAUUUUAUCGGCUAACAAUGUUAAUUUGUUUUUUUGUCAUCCUUUUUAUUUGAUUCUGUACAUUAUCAAUUGAGAUGCUUUCUUAAAUCAAAAAUAAAUACAUGAAACAUGAA